AUCAAGGCAAAGGUGAUUCAAUUGUUCAUAAUGGGUUUGAGCUGCCCGUUAGCAGUUGUGUCCCUUUUUAUUUUGGAGCUAAACUCCACACUUAAGUCAGGUGGCAACUUGCAACCUAAUAUACCAAUUGAGAAUGAAACAUUGGUUAUAUCUGGAGGACUUUCAGAAGGUUCACUCAUAAACUUAAGCUUCAGUGUAGAUACCAUUUGGUAUGUACAACAGGAUCCUGCCUAUAAUCGGUUUUUUGGUCUUAGCAACAAAACAGGAAAUCUUUACAGCAAAGAAACUGUUAACAUAUCACAGUCAAAUGCAUCUUAUGUGGGCACAUUUCUGAUGGCAGUCAGCAAAGAUUCAAAUCAAUCUUCUGUGGACACCUUGUACUGUGUGACAUACUGUGUGGGUAAUGCAAAUGAAGCCUGUCGUGAUUCUAAAUUGCUGUUAUCUCAACACUCUUAUCAAGCAAAUGUAACUCACAAUAUUCCACCAGGCUAUGCUGUAUUGCAGUUGGCCUUGCAGACAUCAAGCGUGCACAAUAUAUCCAAUGUGUCCUUUGCUGUGUUAACAUGUAAUUCCUUGGGGCUAUUCUUUGUUGACCAUCUUGGUACCCUACGGACCAGAAGGAAUUUGGUGGCAGAUGAAGCUACAUAUCAUUUUGUAGAGGUAGUUGAAUUUUCCUCUAGCUGUUACCUACCAUUACAGUUUGCUUAACCAGAUUUGCUGCAGUAAGCAGCGUGUAUUUGAGGAAUAGGAAACCAUCAUAAGGUAACUGAUUGUAAAAGCAGAAAUACACUGUUUCUGUCACACCACUGGUUGACAGAAUGGUAAUCAAUCAGGGAAUCCAUUGCAAAUCCUUUGCUUCUUACUGAAAGCUAGGGCAGAACAAAAAUACAGCCUUGGUAAACAAGGUACAUGUAGCUAAGAUCUUAACUUAGCUGCAGAACAAGCGUACUUAAAAUGGCUAUAUCUAGACUAUGUUCAAUCUCCUCCUUCAAAUUGCCCUUCAGGAGAGUGAAAAGAAAGGAAAUUGGAUUUUUAAAAAUCCUUUAAUUACCCUUCAGGAGAGGGAAAAGAAAGGAAUUUUUGGAUUUUUUUUAAUCCUUUAAUUGAAAUUAAAAGUCAGGCAAGUGGGUGAUGGAAAAGCUGGAAAUUUCACAGGGGAAUAUUCCAAUUUGUAUUUGUUUGCAUCCGCUGACGUUUUUUCCUGGGUUAUUUAUUUUUGAUAGCGGCGGUAUCUAAAAGACAAUUUAUUCUAUAAGAUUUC